AUGGACAUCCAUGAACAUGCUCGAAAAGGAACCCUCGUGGGGGCCGUGCUCAACGAUCAUGUCAAGAAGAACCCAAAUCUUCUGAACGAACUGGAUCCCAAAACGGGCUGGACCCCGCUAGCGGCGGCCACAGUCAAGGAACAUGUCGAAGUGGUGGAACAGCUGCUCAAGAAAUGUGCCAGAGCUGAUCUUCGAUCAAAAAAUGGCGAAACUCCACUCCUCCUCGCUACCCGCAAUCCAAUUAUCAACCAUGCCGACAAAAACACGCCGCUGAUGUUCGCCACCAAGCAAAAAGACCUCGAGUCGAUCAGACUGCUACGAAAUGCUGGGGCUUGUCCAAUGCGGAGGAACAACGAUGGCUUCAGUGCAAAAGACUUGGCCGAGCAGACCGAAGACAAAGCCGUGCAGCGUGCGCUCUACCUGGACAAGGAUCAAUCAGAUCUGUUCAAAUUGGUCAAAUUGGUUCUCGAUUUGCUUCUCUUCGUUAUUACCUGGGUUAACCAAGUCACCGGAGCCAUCUGCCGGAUGUACAAGCUGGACACUGAAAUGUAUCAAUUCACGAGAGAGGCAAGCACUAGAACUUCGAUCAAUAUCACAAAUGAAGGCCAUUCUGCUAACGGAGAGUCACAGCUUGUGAUAAGCCCAAUCUGCGAACCAAACAGAUGCCCAAACCAGGUCAACGCCAAAUCCCCGUGUUAUCUCCCAGAUGACGAUAUGUGCGUUGGCGAAGGCUCCCCGCCCGAUGAUGAAUUUCAGGAGUUGAGUGUGAAAGUCGAUCGCAUCGUCAAAGAAACCGCCCUGGAACGCUUCUUCGAGAGAAAAGAGAACUACAUGAAAGAGGUGAUACAGAAGGCUGUACACCUGAAGAAUGACAAAAGCACAUCUCUUGGCGGUGACGGCCUUCUCCACAAGACGAUCAAGGUGUCCUUGCAUCAGCAGGUAGUCUACUGCGAUGACAGCUCCUCAAUGCGCGGCAGCCUCAAUGGGGAAUCCCAAAAGACUCUUUGGGAUUGCCAGAAAGACCUUGUCAAGCGCAUCACUCAGAUCACUACAUUGAUUCUUCCCGAAGGCCACAAGCUGGCAGGGAUGGAGCCGGUACCAACUAACGACAGCCACACCAAAAUUGGCACUUCGCUGAAGUCCAAGGUCCUCAAGCCACUUGUGUAUGACAGGCUCAAGGCAGAGGGCCUCGAGAGGCCACUUCUCAUCUCCGUCAUCACUGACGGCAGGCCUAACGGCGAAAAUCAGAGCGAACUUGUCAACGCGAUCUUGGAAUGCGGUAAAGAACUCGAAGAUGCUGGAUAUCAUCGCGAAGAUGUGAAGUUCGUAAUUGGUCAGAUAGGAGCGGCGAAUGCAGCAGCGGAAUUUUUAGAUACCAUACGCGGCAAUGCGGAGAUUAGGAGAGUGGUGUACUGUACUACGGAUCGACUGGACGAAAAAUUUGCGGAGUUCCGCGAGAACAAGGAGGGUCUAGACCAAUGGCUGAUCGACACCUUGUACAAACCUAUCAUGAAUCUUGAACAGUGA